GUAACAAGAGGUUGGACCAGCAGUCCUCGACAGCUACCCACUCCUCCACCACUCGCAUUCCUUGAAGCCAUGAAGUUCACCGUCGCCCUUGUUGCUGCUGUGUGCGCCGUCCCAGCUGUACUCGCUGGGCAGUAUAAGGUCACCUAUGACACCAUAUACGACAAUGCGAACGACUCCGUGGACAAUGUCGCUUGCUCUGGGACGCUCUCGGGGAAGGGCUACACCACCUUCGGUUCUCUCCCGGACUUCCCCUACAUCGGAGGCGCAUUUGCUGUUACAGGAUACGACUCUCCCGGCUGCGGCACCUGCUGGGAGCUCACCUACAACGGCACCUCAAUCAACAUCUUCGCCAUCGACACUGCCGCUGAAGGGUUCAACAUCGCGGAGGAGGCGCUAAACGCCUUGACUCACGGUAACGCCGUGCAAGAUGGAUAUGUAUACGCGGCAGCCACGCAAGUGGAUGUAUCUGCUUGCGGUGGAUAUUAGGGUG